CAGACAGUUUGACAGUCACUCACUGAGCUUUGCAUCGCGUGCGCACAGACACAACUUAUCCGCUGCGCGUCAGGACUGCAGUCGUUCGCGCCACUCUCCCAUCCGUUCUCAUGUUUAGGAUGCUACAAACACCACAGCUCCGUCAAGGCGUGAUUGCACUUUUCAUGUGGUUCACUCACUUUAUGGAGGACUACAAAGUCCAGGCGGGUAACUGCUGGUUGCAGCAGGGAAAGAACGGCCGGUGCCAGGUGCUCUACAUGUCUGGGAUGACCCGAGAGGACUGCUGCCGGAGUGGCCGUCUGGGCACCGCAUGGACCGAGGAAGAUGUGCCCAACAGCACGCUGUUCCGAUGGAUGAUCUUCAAUGGAGGCGCGCCUAAUUGCAUACCUUGUAAAGAAACAUGCGAUAGCGUUGACUGCGGUCCUGGGAAGAGAUGCAAGAUGAACAAGAGGAACAAGCCCAGGUGUGUGUGUGCUCCGGACUGCUCCAACGUCACAAGAAGGGGGUCCAUCUGUGGGUCGGAUGGAAAAUCCUACAAGGAUGAGUGUACAAUGCUCAGGGCCCGCUGCAGGUACCAUCCUGACCUGGAGGUCCAGUACCACGGACGCUGCCGCAAGACGUGUCACGGAGUUCGCUGUCCUGGCUCUGCGUCGUGUGUCGUGGACCAGACCAACAAUGCCUACUGUGUGGCCUGUAAUCACCAGUGUCCAGAGGUGAAGUCACCUGACCAGUACCUGUGUGGCAACGACGGCAUUGUUUAUGCCAGCGCCUGUCAUCUGAGGAGAGCCACGUGCAUCCUGGGAAGGUCCAUCGGCGUGGCGUACGAAGGGAAAUGCAUUGACGCCCGGUCAUGUGGCGACAUCGUGUGUCGGGGAGCGAAAAGGUGUCUGUGGGAUGAAGCCAGUGGCCGCGGACGCUGCUCUGUGUGUGACGAGCCAUGUCCGGAGAGUCGCCCGGGUGAGAGUGUGUGCUCCAGCGACAACAACACCUACCCCAGCGAGUGUUCCAUGAGGCAGGCCGCAUGCGCUCAGCAGCGUCACCUGGAGGUCAAACACUCAGGAUCCUGCAACUGGAAGCUUGAGGAAGAGGGGAAGGAAGAAGAGGAGAAAGAAGAGCAGGAAUACUAGGAUUUUCUUCAUCAAUAUGUCCUGGAAUACAGCCUGGAUGAUAAACCUUAUAAUAGCUGAAUAGUGUUUCAGUUCAGCCACAGAAUACUGUUCAUAUUGUAUAUAAAGUGUAUGCUUAUUUAUUGUCCAUGGAAGAGAAAUAAGCCAGGGUCUCCCGAACUUGGUCCUAGUACUACACAGCUUAUUCAAAUAAUCAACUAAUCAUCAAGCUUUGGUCGUUUGAAUUGACUGUGUAUUGUUAGGGCAAAAACCAAAACAUGCUGCCCUUUGGGUGCCCAGGACCGAGUUUGAGAAACCCUGGCUGAACUAAGCAAUCGUAUAUUUGAAAUCUUGUAGGUGUUGUUUACUUGUAUGUAUUUCUAUAUUUUGUUUAUUAUUUAUACAUUAACAGUGUCCGUCUGUCUUACUGUAUACCUAAUGUCUCUUGCAUUUUAUCCAAAGAGAAAAUGUAUUAUUUAUUUGAGGUGCAAUACUACCCACAUUGAUGUUCUUGUUCUGUAAACUCCUGCAAUGCAUUCUCUAUCUGAGCUGUACACAUCUGCUUAUUGUGGGCAAGAUUUGGAUUUACCCCUUCUUCCUACAUUGUGAAAUGUUGGCUAGCGUGUUUAGUGUGUUCCAGUUUAUUUUAUGGAGAACUUGUUGCUCACCAAUGUAUAUACCCUAGUGAGAGAAAGGUUUUGUUGACCAAAAGCUGACCUAAAUGGCUUUGUCUAGUCUUUUGUUGACCCAGAGUUACCCGUCCUAGUCCCACUACAGUGCAUAGCGAUACUUUUAACGAGUCACUAUGGUCUCUCUCCCUUCAGAAAAUGACUAGCUUUGUUUAUUAAGGGGAGCAGGAUGGAUGCCACUAAAACAAUGUACAGUUGAAGUCGGAAGUUUACAUACACUUAGGUUGGAGUCAUUAAAACUUGUUAUUCAACCUUCUCCACAAAUGUCUUGUUAACAAACUAGAGUUUUGGCAAGUCGGUUAGGACAUCUACUUUGUGAAUGACACAAGUCAUUUUUCCAACAAUUGUUUACAAAAGGAUUAUUUCACUUAUAAUUCACUGUAUCACAAUUCCAGUGGGUCAGAAGUUUACAUACACUAAGUAUACUGUGUCUUUAAACAGCUUGGAAAAUUCCAGAAAAUUAUGUCAUGGCUUUAGAAGCUUCUGAUAGGCUAAAUGACACCAUUUGAGUCAAUUGGAGGUGUACCUGUGGAUGUAUUUCAAGGCCUUCCUUCAAACUCAGUGCCUAUUGGCUUGACAUCAUGGGAAAAUCAAAUUAAAUUGUUCAAGACCUCAGGGAAAAAAAUUGUAGACCUCCACAAGUCUGGUUCAUCCUUGGGAGCAAUUUCCAAACCCCUGAAGGUACCAAGUUAAUCUCUAUAAAUAAUAGUACGCAAGUAUAAACACCAUGGGACCACGCAGCCAUCAUACCACUCAGGAAGGAGACGCGUUCUGUCUCCUAGAGAUGAACGUACUUUGGUGUGAAAAGUGCAAAUCAAUCCCAGAACAACAGCAAAGGACCUUGUGAAGAUGCUGGAGGAACAGGCACAAAAGAUCUAUAUCCACAGUAAAACGAGUCCUAUAUCGACAUAACCUGAAUGGCCGCUCAGCAAGGAAGAAGCCACUGCUCAAAAACUGCCAUAAAAAAGCCAGACUACGGUUUGCAACUACACAUGGGGACAAAGAUCGUUCUUUUUGGAGAAAUGUCCUCUGGUCUGAUGAAACAAAAAUAGAACUGUUUGGCCAUAAUGACCAUUGUAAUGUUUGGAGGAAAAAGGGAAUGCUUGCAAGACGAAGAACACCAUCCCAACUGUGAAGCACGGGGGUGGAAGCAUCAUGUUGUGGGGGUGCUUUGCUGCAGGAGGGACUGGUGCACUUCACAAAAUAGAUGGCUUCACGAAGGAGGAAAAAUGAUGUGUAUAUAUUGAAGCAACAUCUCAAGACAUCAGUCAGGAAGUUAAUGCUUGGUUGCAAUUGGGUCUUCCAAAUGGACAAUGACCCCAAGCAUACUUCUAAAGUUGUGGCAAAAUGGCUUAAGGACAACAAAGUCAAGGUAUUGGAGUGGAUCUCACAAAGCCCUGACCUCAAUCCUAUAGAACAUUGGUGGGCAGAACUGAAAAAGCAUGCGCGAGCAAGGAGGCCUACAAACCUGACUCCGUUACACCAGCUCUGUCAGGAGGACUGGGCCAACAUUCACCCAACUUAUUGUGGGAAGCAUGUGGAAGGCUACCUGAAACGUUUGACCCAAGUUAAACAAUUUAAAGGCAAUGCUACCAAAUACUAAUUGAGUGUAUGUUAAUUUCUGACCCACUGGGAAUGUGAUGAAAGAAAUAAAAGCUUAAAUAAAUCAUUCUCUCUACUAUUAUUCUGACAUUUCACAUUCUUAAAAAAAGUGGUGAUCCUAACUGACCUAAGGCAGGGAAUCUUUACUAGGAUUAAAUGUCAGGAAUUGUGAAAAACUGAGAUUAAAUGUAUUUGGCUAAGGUGUAUGUAAACUUCUGACUUCAACUGUAUUAUGUUUUAUACAAUGUCUAUGUAGGAAUAAUUAGGUUUUUCAUUUUUUACCUUGACAAUGUUGUUUUUCAUAUUUCAUAAUGUGCCAAUUAAUACUCUUGUAGACUUUUAUGUGCCAAUGUAUUUCAGUGCGGUCAAUCACGUAAUUGAUAUCACUCCCUCUGUAAAUGUAAAUGCAGUGUACCACAUAAUGUUCAUUACAUACAAUAUAUCACACUUAAGCAUGUUGUUUUUCCUCACUCUAUCGAGGAAUAUUCAAUGCAGCUGCUGUGAAUAUAUUUGCUGUUUUGUCCUAAACAGAAAUGUGUUAAAAGUCAACAGCUGUUGCAUUUACAGCUGUGAUACAUUUCCAUGAAUAACCCCCUUGGUCUAUUUUGUUAUGUUGAAUAGAGAUUCAGUCAUAAAUAUAUAGUUUUGUAUUUUUUAUGUGAAUGUUAAAUGUACAUAAUAGCUAUGAUAUUAUGAUGAUAUUUAUACAGGGCAGGAGAGUAAAUAAUAAAAAUGUGCUU